AACAUUUUAAUUAGAGCCCUCAAUUGCAAACCACCCCUUUCAGGCCCAACCCAAAUUCCAAACAACAACUUCAUUGUUCACUUUUUGUCUGCUCUGCUAAAAAUCAUCUGAAAUUGAAAAUUCUCACCGGGAAGAAUGGAGACCGGAGAUGACGAAGAGCCGCCGCUCGCCAUUGCAAUCGACGAAGUCAACGACCACGAGAUUCCACCACAAAGGACGAUUGAGCUGGAUGCUGGUCAACCGCCGUGUCUUCCGGUAGCUCAACCGGUCGGCGUCACCGUAAUCACAGGAUAUCUCGGCUCCGGGAAAUCGACGUUAGUGAAUCAUAUAUUGAAUACACAACAUGGGAAGAGAAUAGCAGUUAUCUUGAACGAGUUUGGGGAGGAGAUAGGAGUAGAGAGAGCGAUGAUCAAUGAAGGAGACGAAGGAGCGCUUGUGGAGGAGUGGGUUGAGCUUGCAAAUGGUUGUAUUUGUUGCAAUGUCAAGCAUAGCUUGGUUCAGGCACUGGAGCAACUUGUGCAGAGGAAAGAAAGGCUUGACCAUAUAUUACUAGAGACUACAGGUCUAGCGAACCCUGCCCCUCUAGCAUCUGUGCUUUGGUUGGAUGAUCAAUUGGAAUCAGAUGUCAGGCUCGAUUCUAUUAUCACUGUUGUGGAUGCCAAAAACCUCGGCUAUCAGCUGAAAUCACAUCAUGAAUCCUCAUCAUUCCCUGAAGCAUAUCAUCAGAUUGCAUUUGCGGAUGUUGUGAUACUUAAUAAGGUUGAUCUGGUGUCUGAUGAUGACUCUGGUGUGGUCCUGGAAGAUCUGGAAAAGGACAUACAUGCAAUUAAUUCCCUUGCCAAUAUUAUUCGUUCAGUUCGCUGCCAAGUUGACUUGUCCAUGAUACUGAACUGCCGAGCAUAUGAUGCUGCACAUGCCACUCAUUUGGAAGACCUAUUGAGAGAAAAUCGAAAUCUAUCUACUAGUGAUAUUCACGACAGUGGUGUAAGAACCUUAUGCAUUUCCGAGAUGAAGAUAGUUGAUCUUGAGAAGAUUAGGAUGUGGAUUGAGGAGAUCCUUUGGGAAAAGAAAUAUGGAAUGGAUGUUUAUCGGUGCAAAGGGAUUCUAAGUGUCGUAAACUCAGAUCAGCUUUACACCCUGCAGGCGGUAAGGGAAAUAUAUGAGAUUGUCCCAGCCCGCAAGUGGAAAGAUGACGAGAGUAGAAUCAACAAAAUUGUUUUUAUAGGUCGUUCGUUAAAUGAGGAGAUUCUAGUAAAUACCAUGCGAGAUUGCACCGUGUAGUACUGCUGCCAGUUGGCUGACCUACGGCCACUCCAAGAAGCUGUAAUUUGAGGAAAAACGUGCUCGACCAUUUUCCGAAGGACCGUUGGCAUUACAGCACUUCAAAGUUAGAAUUCUAAACAGUAUCUUCGAGAGUCAUCUCUUUUUGUUCCUUACCUUUGUAGACGUCGGAAAGAUAGUGUAAAAGAGCUCAAUUUUCUUA